AUGAACCACUCUAUGACUCUUGACUGUCUCCCAAACGAGGUCUUCGUCCAGAUCCUAUCAGACUUCUCGACAAGGGCCCUCCUCCCCUUAACAUCAGUCUGCCACCGUUUCCACGCCCUAGUCCUCCGAAUCCUCCACUACCGCCUCCUCUUCAGCACCCCACUGAAAGAAUACAAACUCCUCCUCGAAUGCUUCCACCCAAGCUCAAAGCUGACAGAACCACACGUCUUCUGUAAAUACCUUGGCACAGACGGUCUCAGCGAGCGCCAUGACGGGAAAGGCUCUCUAUACGAGAACGUCGAUACAGCACACCAACUCAGCCGGGUGACGGGUCUAUACUCCCGUUUCCGGCCAGAGGUCUGCACGCCCGAGGAGAAGAGCAGUAAUGCGGGGAGAUAUGGAGUCCGUCUUGCUCCAUCGCCAGGUAGGAUGCUUCUGUUGUCGGGGGUUGCUGGGUUUAUUAGAGCUGACAUGAAUCGGGGUGGAGAUGAUGAUGACGGCGCUGUAACGCGGGAUGUGAUCUUGGAUGGAUUCGAGGAUUUCUCGCAGCUGUGUGUGGUGGCUAAUCUUGUGCAAGUUCUUCCGGGGACUUCGUUGUUGUUGAGUGCUUUGAAUAUUGAGGAUGGGGUUGUUCGUUUGUGGAGGGAUUGGUUGUUGCGGCAGAGCCGGAAGUGGAAAAGUGCCAUGGAACGGGCUAGAGAUAAGGGGACUGAGAAGGCUGUUAUUCCUCCUGAUGAUGAGAUUCUGUGGGUUGAUCCCGAGGAAACUGUUGGGUUGAAGAUGCGUGUGCGGCCUACGGAGUGGAGUUCUUCUCAGCCCGUGCUUGUGCAUCAGGAUGAUCGGGAUGAGGGCUCAGAAGUUGCUUAUGAGGUGGAUCUGGAAGGUAAGCUGCCUGUUACCAGGACGAUGUUCAAUGCUGACUCUGCAGAACUACAUAUCCGUUCUACCCGUCUGCUGUUAGCUGCCGAAAAGUCGAAAGAAGAGCAGCAGAACUGCCAACCAAAUGCAGUUGUCCUUGGAAGCGCGCCUAUGUCUGCACCAAUACAGGUGGCAUAG